AUGUACUCGCCAAGCCGCAGCGUCUUCCUCCCCACUGAAGUCGUCUUCCUCAUCGCCGAGUUUCUUAACCAGACCGACGAGGAUGAGUCGCCCCAGUCUCUUGUCGCAAGACAACGGGCUUUUUAUAGCUUCUGCCUGGUCUCUCGGCAAUGGUAUUCAGUCGGAAUCAGCUUCCUCUACCAGCGCCCUGUGUUUCCGGGUGGUAAUGGAUUCACCAAAUUCGCCCACACCAUGUGCCCGCCUCGAGGUGUCAAAACAAAGGCCGAUUUUGGAUCGAUGGUGAUGACACUUUCUUUGGCGGGCCUGGUUCACCACAGCUCAAACAGUCUCACAGCACGCCUGUUGGGACGGGUGAAGGAGAACCUCAGGUUCUUUAUCGCACCGCGGGUUUCCUUCUCGGUCAACUGCCUCCCAGCGCUGUCAAAAUGCCACAAUCUUCUGGAGCUCAACCUGAGUCUCAUCAGCGGACAAGUGAUUCCAUUUCACCGCUUGAAGAAAGCCAUCGGCAGUUUAUGGAAGCUCAGAAAACUAGAGCUUCCUGCUUCAAUGUCUCUUACACAUACGGACGAAUCCACCGGCAAGUGGCCACCUGAGCUACGGAGCUUAAGGAUUGGUGGAACCCUGGAUCCCAGAGUGAUGGGUACAUUUGAAUGGCCACCGUCCAUCUCCGAGUUAUCCAUCUGGAAGUGUACAAAUCUCAGCGCGGUCGUUUUAUAUAGCGUCCUCGAAAAUGAACAGCUUCGUGAACGCCUUCAAUCUCUACAUCUGGAAAAUACCAACGAGGAGAUGUGCACUGAUCAGGCGAGUGAUAGCCUAUAUUGGCUGCCGAACCUCAUCUUCUUGAAGAUACCAGUUGAUGUCACUAAGGAUCUUCUUCUUCUGCCGCCGCCCGAAGGGCUUCCAAGCCUUCCACUUCGAGCACUAGAGUUAACGAGGCCAUACUUCGAUGAGGAACCUCUCGGGUUCAGCCUCCCGGAUGAGCUGCUCAAGGCAUUCAACCAGAACUUGCCCAAUCUGUGGGCAUUCGGCAUCAGCGAAAAGUGCUUGCACAUGGUAAAAGAACGCGAGGAGGAGCUGGACGAGGAGAUCUGGAAGCACAUUGACGAGGGAAAUGAUGACGAGCUUGAGAAACUCGAAGAUUUGGGGCUGUACACUCUCAACGACGACUCAUAA